GGAGUUGCUUAGAAUGAAGGUUUGAAUGAGACUGCUGGAUUGGCUCUUAGCGUCGGCUGAUUCAGACUCUCAAAGGUCCUCAGGUAGACACAGUCCUCCUCAGGACUCUUCAUAGCACCUCACCUGUCAUCAAACCUCCUCAUUCAUCCUCAGACCUUCUCGGACCUCGUCAGGUGUGCAGCGAUGCCGUGGCUGCUGUCCUCUCAGCUUGACUAUGUGUCUUCGUCUCCAUCUGAGCGGCAAUGUGAGCGGACGGCGUUCUCCUUCUAUUGCUCUGUGCGGGAGCGACUUCCUGUCUGGCUGCUGGAAGACAUGCGCUGCAUGGAGGUCUUCUGCUGGGACGACGGCCACCCUCGAGCCUUCCUGCCAUCAGAGGCGCUGCUUUACGCCCUCAUACAUGACCACCAGGACUAUGCACAAUACCUGCUCAACAGGUACUCUGUGAGCGCGCUCAGAGCGCCACGGUGCAGUUACUGCUGCUGUCGCGGCAGUGGGGCACCACACCUGAAUAUUGCGGUUCGCUAUGACCGCUUGGUGAUCCUCGGUAUGAUGAUGGCAGCUCUGAAGAACUGUGGUGAGCAAACCAAGCGACAGGACUACCUGGACAGCUGCGGCGGCUGCUCGCACGUUGCAGAUGCAGGAAAGAGUGCUGUGCAGCUAGCGGUGGAACUGUCGCACGCCGAUUCUUUGCUGCUGCUGCUGGUCGAGGGUGCACGGCCCGACGGCCUCGACGCCGCUCUGCAGAGACUUGUUUCUUGUGACGUGUCGAAACGACACCACGCGCAGCGCUGUCUGGACUACCUGCUGCUCUUUCUGCCCAAACCACCAUUGCUGCAGCGGCUGCAGGACGAACCGCAGCGCUGGCAAAGCCUUUUGGGAAAAAAAGUGUUCAGCUGGCUCCAAGGUGUGGCGCCGCCUCCCCUGCUGCUGCAGGCAUUGCGUUCUUUGAUGCAGUUUGGUGCAGACCGAAUCAGCUUGCUGCCCGACUUCCUGCAGCUGCACAGCUGGUAGUGAGAUCAUAUUAGCAUGGAAAUCCUCUUGUAAUUGGACAGUGUGCCAUUGACGUAAAGGGAUGAUGUAAAUAGACUGAAAGCAUCAGGCUUUAGGUCCCAGAGUAUGGUGGAGCUGCCCUGAGAUAAAGUUUAACUGCCAAUCAGUUUCAUUAGCUGCUUAGACAGGACACUGCUGGAUCUCGAGGACACAUGACAGGAAACAGCACACCUAAUAAAACCUGAAUAAACUGUAAAUAAAUUGUAAAUAAACUGUAAUAAAGUGUGAUGGCGAUAAAAGCCGAACCUUC